AUGAGCUUACUGCCUCGCACCGCUGAGGAGUUCAGCUCGGCGGACUACUGGGAGCGCUUCUUCCGUAAGAGAGGAGAGAAGGCUUUCGAGUGGUACGGAGACUACAACUCCCUCUGCGGUGGCUGCGUUGAGGAGUUGAGCUCGGCGGACUACUGGGAGCGCUUGAAGACUAAGACAUUUGUCAGAUGUUUUCAGAUGUACAAAUGGUGUAAAAAAUUUUUUUUUUCUGUGGUGGGCUGUGGUAACUCCGAGCUGAGUGAACAGCUCUAUGAUGUUGGCUACCGUCAGUUAACCAACAUUGACAUCAGCGAGACGGUGGUGUCUCACAUGAACCAGAGGAAUGCAGAGCACCGUCCUGACAUGACCUUCCAGCAGCUGGAUGCCACCCAGACAGGCUUUGAGAGCGGGAGCUUUCAGGCGGCACUAGAUAAGGGCACGCUUGAUGCCAUGGCUUCAGAAGAGGACGGUGCACUUGCAGGCAGGAUGCUGGCAGAAGUUGGCAGAGUUUUGGCUGUGGGGGGCCGGUAUGUCUGCGUAACUUUAGCCCAGGAGCACGUCAUAAAGCUGGCUGUGGAACAUUUCGCCCAGGGCUGGGCUGUACGAAUUCAUUGUCUUAGCGGACAGCAGAAGGAAGAGUCUGAUUCUUCCUUCGCCCUCCCCGUAUUCGUUCUGGUCUGCACCAAAUUCCGCCAAGCGCCUCCGUUUGCAGUGCUUGAGUUGUGUCAGGGGGAGGAUGGCGCUCCCACUAGACUUGCAUCAGUACUGGAGCUGUUGUCCGCUGUGAAGGAGAGACAGGCCUACAAUCUAAUGCUGCAUAAGCUCAGAGGGGGAACAGACGCUGGCAGCACACCAUCCCUCACGCUGUGCCAUGCAGCCACCGGCCGGCCGCGAUACACUCUGACAGUGCAGGAUAGCCUGCCUUCUGCCAAGCUGCCACGGAGUAAUCACUUCGCCAUCUUUAUCGUUCCUCAGGGCCGUGAGUCUGAUUGGUUAUAUGGCUCGGCUGAAGGUCGGACUCAGUUAGCAUCCAGUGCAAAAUUCAGACGCCUGGUCAUUGUGGCAAUGCAUCGAGAUCAGGAGUAUGAGGACAUGCAGGCUGUCCAAUCAGAGCUCUCUCCAAUGGUGAUGGAACUCGCACCUCCUGGAAUGCCAGCCAAUCAGCAGGUGCCGUUCCUGUCUGUGGGAGGAGAUCUGGGGUGGAGGGAAGUCAUCGGACGAGGGGUUAGCGCUUUGACUGGAGAGUAUUCUGUGGAGGAUGUGAGAGGAGAGGAUGGUCACCUCUAUCGCAGGCUGAUCUUCAUGAACAAUCCCCAGCUGGUGCAGUCAGAGAGCAGACUCCGGUCUGCCGCCACAGCAUCUUCUGCUCAUAAAAAGAAGAACAAGAAAAAAUCCAAGCCAUCUGUUUCUGAUGCCCCUGCUUUAACGGGUGUUAAAGAUCGCAUUGUGGACAGAGGGUUUCUCUGCUGUACGCACCAUGAAGUCAUGGUGGCGGGUUUAGCCAUGUUAGGAAUGGAUGCAAUCAAUAAUAAAGAUCACCCAGUGUCCGUGUUAUUGGUGGGACUGGGUGGCGGUGGUUUACCCCAGUUUGUGCAUGACUUUGUGCCGUGUGCACGGGUGGAGGUGGUUGAACUGGACCCAGCUGUGCUGGAAGUGGCUCAGACCUGGUUUGGAUUUCAGACUGAUGAGAGGCUAAAUGUUACACUGGGAGAUGGACUGGAGCGCAUCAAAACACUGGCGAGUGAGGGUGAGAGAUCUUUUGAUGUCAUAAUGUUUGACGUUGACAGCAAAGACACAACCCUGGGCAUGAGCUGCCCUCCAUCUGCCUUUGUAGAAACAUCUCUUCUGAAGAAAGUUUACAGCUUAUUAACCCCUCGAGGACUGUUCAUGUUGAACCUAGUGUGUCGUGACUCAGCUCUCAGGAAGUCAGUUCUCGAACGUGUUCAAGCCGUGUUCACGUGUGUGUUCUCUCGUGGAAUCGAGGGUGAAGUCAAUGAGGUGCUGCUGUGCUGCAGAAGUUCAGGAGAGGAACACAAACCUCACACUAUUCCAUCAACAUUACAGCAGACAGCAAGAGACCUACAGAAGACACUACGUGCCAACACCCAGACUGCACCAUGUGUGCCUCAAAUAGACAUUACUGCAAUGCUGAAUGACCUGAAAGUCAUCUAAAGAUUGAGAAAAGUUUGGAACGAAAAUCAAAAAUAAUUAAAUAAACAUCUGGUUUCACUUGGCAAAAUGUGCAUAUUUCAGGGUUAAGAAAAUAACUUGGCCGUAGUCUUAUGUCACAAGACCUUUGACAAAAUGGCAUACAGCCUGGCCCAUAUUUCAUCUUAUUCGAGAAAAACACAAUGUCUUCAUGGAAAGGAAGAGAUUUUGUCUGACUGAUAUUUCAAGCAUAUCAAGCAUAUGCCCUUUGAAAGAACACAGCAAAAUAAUGUCAGAUAUUUCAGCAUAUAUUGUGUAUAUAUGAAAAUAUAACAAUCUUUAGCAUUGAUGAUCUAUAUCUAAAUGGAAAGCUCCAUCAUCACCAUUGCACUUUAUGGUACAAAUGAUGGCAAUAUAGGGAUAACACUUUAUGUUCAGAUAAAAUUAAGUGUAAGGGUCAGUACGCUGAAAAGAAUUUGGAGGUGAAAAUUUUCUCUCAGAAAUUGCUGAUAAAUUUGACAAAUAAUUACAAACUGCACAUAACCUUACAUUUUGAGGUAGAAAGACUGAAAUACUAUUUUCUUCUAAAAUAAUAUUUUCGUACAAACUCCAAUAAAAUGACAAUUUAUGGUUUACAUUAUGUCUUGCUGGACUGUUUUAAGUUUAAACAACCUUAAAAAAUAAAAUUAAGAAGAAAAUA